UAUUUACGUUACAGGUUAGUUAUUUAUCGAUAUUUUGAUUCAUGUCCAGAACAAAAAUCAAAUUGGAAGAAAUGUACAAACACGCUAUGAAUUGUUAUUGAUUUUUUUAUGAAGUUGUUAUAUUACUUUUAUCCUAAUAUUAUAAUGUUGCAAUUUAGAUCAAUACAUUUUUCCGAUUUUUUUUGUUUUUGUAGUUAUUCUACACAUAAGACUUCACGGAUUUAUUCUCCUUGGAUACAAAUUCUCGAUCUCCGACAGAAAGGUUGAUAAAGUUAGUAUUGAAGAAGAUUCAGCCCACAGCGUGCGUGGGUGUGUGAGCUCUAUCCAGCUGUGACUGCGGACCCGCCCAUCCAUCGAAUACGCCCGGGGGUCGUGAGGAUGUGGAUUGACCAGGCUGUCCGCCAAUGAAAAGGCAGCACCGAGUGACUCACCCUCUGCCUGUUUCCAAUGGCAGCACGGUGGAGAGGCGGACCGCAGGAAGCACACUUGGUUGAAUGACCGUUAAAGCUGCAAUCAGUGAUAAAUAUGUUACGAUACCAUGCUCCAAACAGGCACCCAGCUUAGGGUAAGCGGCUGCGGGAGCGCACUUGUACCGGGUAGACGCGUCCUCUCGACCGCUUGCUCCUGUGCUUCUGCUCUCUGCUGGUUUUCUCCGCGCUUAGUGUGGAUACAAAAAUUAAAUAAGAACUCACUCUGUGGGGUAAUUGGACAGUGAUGGACAGAAGCUGGACAUCGACUCAGCUCAGAUGUUGAAGGUAAACUGAUCUGACUGGUACAUUGGACUAUACUAUGAAGACAGGAGCCUCGGUUUGCGGCUGUUGCUGCAGGAGCAGAAGGAGGAGGAGGAGCGGCUGAGUUUUUUAUCCUCCGCUCCGAUCAGCGCAAGUGUUUGGGGAAUCGUGAUGAUGCUUUUUGGCCAAACCUGAGGCUCCCACCUCUUUCUAGGGUGCAAUGUUUGUUCAAUACAGGCGAAUACAGAGCUGACUGGACCAACUAACAGCUGACAACACGAGGUAUGCUGGUUUUUACCGUCUCUUUGGACACGGAUUGUCCACGAUCUCCCAGGAAACAUGUCUGCGGAUAUAACGGAAUCACCUCGUGAUUGAUGCUGCUGUAAGAUGAUCUCCAGGGAGGAUCUCAUUUGUGAAAUGUUUUUCUUUUACUACCAACUACAUCGCCAGCUGCUGUGCAACCCCUCCAUGGAUGGUAGUUAAUUGGGCCCAACAAUGUGGAGGCAAAUCCUCCUGGAGCCAAUGUUCCUUCUUUUCUGCGAAGCUGGCUCCCUUGUGACUUUUGUGCAUGUUCAAUAGUUUUUCUUUAUUCCCAGAGCUUUUAUUACUUCUGGUAAUUGUUUUUGGAUGAUUCAUUUUCUUUUUUAAUGUUUUGUAUAAGAUUUGAAAAGUCUUUAAAAUUUAAAUAGACGUGCUUUGAUCAAUACAGACCAAAAUGGGAGAUUCAUUUUAUUCCGGGCGAUUGAUGGAUUAAACAAGUUCCUGACAGCAUCUGUCAGUGGACCAAAACGAACCACUGACCGUGCAGUUCCCUCCUGUUCUGCAUCAUGUCCAGAUCCAACAGUGUCAGCCCACCCGGAGUUGGUGCGCCUGGCUUAAGGGGAGGGACCGAGCACAGAUCUGCAUGGGGAGAGUCUGAGUCUGUGGUCAACGGGUGCCCAUACUCCACCAGGUCCCCACGCAGGAAGCUCACCCGGACUAACAGUCGGUGGAGAGAUGAGGAUGAUCUGGACCACCGACACCCCGGACGAGCCCCCACCACCGUCAGCAGGGUCAGUUUUAGGUCCAGAUCAGCCUGGCAGGACCAGGGAGAGGACAACCGAGAACGUGCGUCUCCUAAACAUCCAGAUGACGAGGUGAGACCCAAGUCUGUGGAGCUGGGUCUGGAGGAGCGCAGGGGCAAGUCCAGGACUAAUGAGGAGGAGGUCAUGCCUGAUGUGAACUUUUCUUUAGUGGCGUGCUGCACCGGCGUCAUGCACAUUUUUAAAUCCAAGAAAUUCCAAUCUGAAAAGUUGGAGCGGCUGUACCAGCGCUACUUUUUCCGUCUGAACCAGAGCAGUUUGACCAUGUUGAUGGCGGUGCUGGUGCUGGUCUUCACCGUUAUGUUGGGCUUUCACUGCUCCGGGGGCUCAGCCAGGCCCAGUGUAACAUACGUGGUGGUAUUUUCUGUUGCCAUUUUCCUCACCCUCACACUCAUGGUGGUCUGCAACAGGAAUGGCUUUCAUCAGGACCAUAUGUGGAUUGUGUGCUAUGUGGUCAUCCUGUUGGUACUGAUGGUUCAGGUGAUUGGAGUGCUGCUCGUGCAACCCCGAGGUGCCACUGAGGGCAUCUGGUGGACCGUGUUCUUCAUCCAUGUCAUCUACACUCUGCUGCCUGUCAGGAUGCGCGCCGCUGUCAUCACUGGGAUUAUUCUAUCUUCCAUUCACGUAGCAGUUUCCUGGAUAUUAAACGGCAUGGAUGCUUUUCUGUGGAAACAGAUCGUGUCCAACGUUCUGAUCUUCUCCUGCACCAACAUCGUUGGCAUCUGCACCCAUUACCCAGCUGAGGGCUCCCAGAGACAGGCUUUUCAGGAGACCAGGGAGUGCAUUCAAGCUCGCCUUCACUCUCAGAGGGAAAACCAGCAGCAGGAACGGCUGCUGCUCUCCGUGCUUCCCCGCCAUGUUGCUAUGGAGAUGAAGGCAGAUAUCAACGCCAAGCAGGAGGACAUGAUGUUUCACAAGAUCUACAUCCAGAAGCACGACAACGUCAGCAUCCUUUUUGCAGACAUCGAGGGUUUCACCAGUUUGGCUUCACAGUGCACGGCGCAGGAGUUGGUGAUGACUCUCAACGAACUUUUUGCCCGUUUUGACAAACUGGCAGCGGAGAACCACUGUCUACGGAUCAAGAUCCUGGGUGACUGCUACUACUGUGUGUCUGGUCUACCUGAGGCCAGGGCUGACCACGCCCACUGCUGUGUGGAGAUGGGUUUGGACAUGAUCGAGGCGAUCUCGCUGGUGCGAGAGGUGACUGGAGUCAAUGUAAACAUGCGAGUGGGCAUUCACAGUGGCAGAGUACACUGUGGAGUACUGGGACUCAGGAAGUGGCAGUUUGAUGUCUGGUCCAAUGACGUAACAUUAGCCAAUCAGAUGGAAGCUGGAGGCAAAGCUGGACGUAUCCACAUCACUAAGGCCACUCUGAAUUAUCUGAACGGGGAUUAUGAUGUGGAGCCAGGAGCAGGAGGAGAGAGAAACGCCUACCUAAAGAAGCACAGCAUCGAAACCUACCUCAUUGUGGGCUGCAGUCAGAAAAGGAAAGAGGAAAAGGCCAUGAUCGCCAAAAUGAACCGACAAAGGACCAAUUCCGUCACGCACAACAGUGGCCACUGGAGUGACCGACCCUUCUACAACCAUCUGGGAGGAAACCAGGUUUCCAAAGAGAUGAAGAGGAUGGGAUUUGAAGACCCCAAAGACAAGCACUUUAUCUUCAGGAACACACAGGAAAAUCUGAACCCUGAGGACGAAGUGGACGAGUUCCUGGGUCGAGCUAUUGACGCGCGCAGCAUCGAUCGUCUGCGGUCAGAACACGUCAAGAAGUUUCUGCUCACUUUCAGGGAGCCUGACCUUGAGAAGAAGUAUUCCAAACAGGUGGACUUGAGGUUUGGAGCGUACGUGACCUGUGCCUCCCUGGUUUUCCUCUUCAUCUGUAUCAUCCAGAUCGUCAUAGUGCCACCCUCCAGUCUGAUGAUCGGCUUCUUCGUCUCCUGUCUCACAAUCCUGACGGCCAUCAUGUUCAUCUCUGCUGUCUACUGCUGUUUUGCGCUAUUCCCAGUCCCUCUGCAGACACUCUCUAAGCAGAUAGUCCAGUCCAGACUGAACAGCACCAUGGUCGGCAUCUUCACCCUCAUCACUGUAUUUCUUUCUGCUUUUAUCAAUAUUUUCACCUGCAGCAGCCAGGACCUGCGGAGCUGCAUCACAGCAGAGCUGAACAUCAGUGUGAACAGUGUGAACGCCUGCCACGCCCGCCUCCUCAACUACAGCCUGGACGCACAACACAGUCCCUGUGGAGACGACGGUCUCAUCUGCAGCUUCCCUGAGUACUUCUCCUCCUGCAUUCUCCUGAGUCUUCUGGCCUGUUCCGUCUUCCUGCAGAUCAGCAGCAUUGGUAAACUCUUCCUCAUGCUCUUCAUAGAGCUGGUCUACCUGCUCAUCAUGGAGGUGCCCAAGGUCAACCUCUUUGACAACCAGGACCUUCUGGUUAUGGCCAAUGCCAUCAAUAUUGUAGAGCACGUGAAUGGAACAAGCUGUGUGAUGGACUCAAAGGUUCCUCUCAAGAUCAUGACACCGGUGGUCAUCACUGUCUUCGUUCUUGCCCUCUACCUUCACGCCCAGCAGGUGGAGUCCACGGCCAGACUAGAUUUUCUUUGGAAGCUGCAGGCCACAGAGGAGAAGGAGGAGAUGGAGGAGUUGCAGGCCUACAACCGCCGCCUGCUCCACAACAUCCUGCCUAAAGACGUGGCAGCCCACUUCCUACAGCGUGAACGGCGCAACGACGAGCUCUACUACCAGUCGUGCGAGUGUGUCGCUGUCAUGUUCGCCUCCAUCAGCAACUUCUCCGAGUUUUACGUAGAGCUGGAGGCCAACAGCGAGGGAGUGGAGUGUCUGAGGCUGCUGAAUGAGAUCAUUGCAGAUUUUGAUGAGAUCAUUAGUGAGGAUCAGUUCCGUCAGCUUGAGAAGAUCAAGACCAUCGGCUCCACCUACAUGGCAGCUUCAGGCCUCAACGACUCCACCUACGACAAGGCCGGACGCUCACACAUCAGAGCUCUGGCCGACUACGCCAUGAGGCUGAUGGACCAGAUGAAAUACAUCAACGAACACUCCUUCAACAACUUUAAAAUGAAAAUAGGUCUCAACAUCGGUCCUGUGGUUGCUGGUGUGAUCGGGGCCAGGAAACCUCAGUACGACAUCUGGGGCAACACGGUUAACGUGGCGAGUCGCAUGGACAGCACAGGUGUACCAGAGAGGAUCCAGGUGACGACCGACCUGUACCAGGUACUGAGCUCAUACAACUACAAACUGGAGUACAGAGGUGUGGUCACAGUCAAAGGCAAAGGUGAGAUGAUGACCUACUUCCUCACCAGUGGACCCCCCAACAGUUAACCUACACUUCAGGACAGACAGACCACAGGGGGCUGAGACCGCCUUAAGUCCUAACGAGCGACCUCAUGAACCUGUUAGCUCACGGUUUGUUGAGUCCGACUGCAUAGCUCUCUGGAGGGUCGGAAACCUUCUUAAAACCCACCGAGGCCACAACGAGGAGAAGUAAGGACAUUUACUGUUCUAAAGCUCAGAGGAGAGGAGGGGGGCCAAGACAGAGCCUGACUCUGAGGGUGACACCAAAGAUGUCCAAUCAGAGGUAGAUUUGAACAGACGUGCCAAUGGAAAAAUGUUCUCCGACAAUUUCUUUGUCCUUUAAUCUGCCACAUUUACGCAAGGGAUUGAGAAAGACAUUCAGGAGGACAAAGAUGUUUCCUCCCUCUUUCUCCUCUGCCUUUCACCUGCUGACUGUAAAACACAGUUUUAUGUGUAUGUUUAAGACUUACUGUACUCUAUUAAAGACAAGAUAUUUGUCCAUUGUCGUGAAACAGGUACAAAAAUGUUCAAAUCACAAGCACUGCAGACGCAGAAGGAAGGAAGAGAUAAAUGAAGGAUAGAGGACAAGGUUGGACAUUUACAGUGUUAACGGAAUGUCGUACACGUUUGAAAUUAAACUCUCUCUCUCUCUCUCUCUCUCUCUCUCACACACACACACAGUAUCACUAGCGCGCACACACACACACACACGGAGGAUGUCAAUGAAGAGCUUUUUUCUGGUCUUCUACAUUUUUUGUAUUUUGACUUCAGAACACCAAACACUUGUCAGAUAUUUUCAGAUUCUAUAUUUUGUACUAUAGUAUAUCAGAGAGCUAUCUUUAAACACCGGUGUGUAUUCAGAUGUACAUACUCUGUCACUGCAGAGUGAGGAUUUACAAAUCCUCACCAGUGUUGCCUGGUCCUGAGGCUAAUGUACCGUCACUGACUUCCCUCACCUGAAUCCUGCAUUUUUCACUGGAAUGAGCAUUCAUGCCUCUGGUGGAAUCAAACGUUUUCUGAUUACAAGUCGUUUUCUGGCGCUUUCCCUUCACUACUGCAUUACAAGAGGCAUCAACCAGAGCCAGUGCAAACUCUGAGCGCCAGACGAGAAGCAGAAAAUGCAUCAUGGGUCUUGGUGCUCUAAAAAGCCAUUUUUGUACUCCAGUGCUUUUAGCCGUUUACUCCACCCCUCGCCCCUCCCCUCCUGUGCUCCCCUCCCCGUUGCUAGCUCAAUCAGAUGGUACGACCCAAUGAAUGUCCAAUGAUCUCCGAUGAGGCCUUUCAAAUGAACUCUAAUAAUGAAGGUGGUGAUGAUGCUGAUCAUCCUGUGGACAGUAAAGUCGAGGUCAUGUUUAAAUGUGUUCAUUGAUUCUGCUGGUGGAUUUUUUCUUUCUUUCUAAAAACCUUGUCAGGCAGUUGUUUUCAGUAUUAAAUUAUGCAGCUGGUCAUCUGACAAAACCACUGUCAUGAUUGUUUCAUGGAUUUCAAUGACUUAAGGGACAUCGGUGCAAAUCACUACAGCUGCUUCUGUUUGUCUUGGUAGUCUCAAGUGUCAUGUAAAGAGGGAAACAGCAGAGACGGAUUGGAAGAUUAGGCCGAGGCUCACAUUGGUCAAUAUUUACUUUAGUGCUGUACAAACUCCUCAGAUCAUCUCUGGCUUUGUUGUGUCAGACUGCACACAGGCUUUGGUUAGAAAAACAGAAACCAAGGCAAACUAUCUUCAAAGCAAGGUGUUAGUACUGGUAGUUCAUCUCCAGAAUGUCUUAACAUUAUAGACUGACUUGUCUUGCACAGAGACUGUACAUUGCAUUCUGCCAAUUUGUCUGGUACGGACACCAACUCUACAGCUGGACAUUCACAGCAGGGUCCACUGAAAUACUGGGUCAUUUGCUAUAACAUUUUGAGCAUCUUAAGAGGCCAAAAGGCAGCAUCCACACAUCUGCCAGAUACUGAGUACAUAAUCUACUCCCUCAAAAUACAAAACAAAAUCACUGUACCACAUCUCUAAAUUUUAGCAACACUAACAAAAUACAGCCAAUCUGUCAGCUCUAUGUCCUUCCUGCAUAUGUAGGUUGCAUUCUAAUGAAUACAUGUUAUCAUAAAACAACAAAUUGACUAAAUAUCUAAUGGUCUUUGGCCCAGAAAGAUUUUUCAUGGAAACUAAUAUCAACAAUGUGCCAUCUUAAUGUCUCUACAUUUGUUGUGCUAACACAACUAAGUUGACAUUUACAUUAUUAAGAGAAGUAAACAUGACUUACACAGCAGUUUGGUAGAAUAAAUGUACAAAAUACUCAGCUGCCUUAGCAGGACGUUAACAUUGGGUUUCACUGAGAAUCAACAUGGUUCAAUAACACAAUGGAAGAUUUUUGAACAUUUUUAAAUCUUCAUCUUUUAAUAACCUUUAAAAAAUAUUAUUUUAAUACAUUAAAAUUAAAGUUCUACUUAAAGACUUCUACAAAGACAGGUUAGUUGGCGUCGUCCCUUUUACUCUUAUGCCUAACAACAUUCACACCAACUCCACCACAACAUGUUUGACACAUAUUCAGUUGGACUAACUCCACACCAAUGUGAGCCUUGUGUUCUAUCAGAAAGCACAGGGGGUUGGAGAAGACUGUAGCGCAGAGCAGAUUUCUGUCUGCUUUUUAAAAAGAGCUAAGUCGGUUUGUACUUUUACCAUUCCUACGGCUGAGGAAACUCAAAGUGAAUCUGACAAGGUGACCAGGCAGUGUUUUUGACACACACACUGCUUCAGAAACAACCGCUUGUUUUUGUUGUCAUGCCAAACACUCCCCCCCGUCCCCCCCCAAACAGUCAAAUAAACUGCUGAUAUCCUUCACAGGUAGAAGCUGGGUUUCAUCGACUGUUUAUUUACUUUUAGCAUAUUAUGAUGUAACUUGAACUUAAAAUUAGAAUUUAGAAUUAGAAUUGCAGUAAAAACUACACUGCAGGUUGCUCACUUUAAAGGUAAAACCAUCGCUAAGUAAAACACUGACUAACUAAACAGCAAUGCAUGGAUUUUAACUUUAUCUCGUUCCCAACUGUCCCCCAAGACUGGUUAAAUACACAGUAACCUCCAUGCAUCACUGACACUUCUAAGAAGCAUUUGAAAGAUACAUCCUGUGGUUACUUUCACAUUGCUCAUGGAAGACACCUUGCUUGUAUCAGAGCGUAGGGAAGUAAGUUAAUUUACUUAUAGAAAAUAAUUAUUUGUACGGUAGGAUUUAGGAAUGUUGAAAUAUCACGUGUACUGUAUAAUAUAACACAGCAAAUGCUUAAUUGAUGUUUUUUUUACCUAUCUUUUAAUCUAAUUUGUAUAUAAUUGAUCGUAGUUCAAGUCUGUUUUUUAAUGCAACCUGCAGAUUAGUUUUAAACUACUUUCAAGACUCAGCAAACUUUAGGUCCCAAAAAGUCUAACUUACACUAUUUCAGAGGUAACUGAAAAAUGCACAAAAAUGUUAGUACGAAAUUAGUACGAAAUCUCUGUCUACAUCCUCAUGACCAUGUCAGAACAAUCCAAAGGUUUAAGUCAAAACUCUUUGAAAACGAGAUUCACAGUACACACGCUCGUUAAUGCAGCCCACCAACAGAUGGCAGCAGAACGUCAUCAUCAUAUUUUGUCCAAGAACUCCUUUGUCUCGUUACCAUUGACGUAACCAUUGAUUGUUUGAACUGAUAGUUGUUUAAAACCCUGAGCGAUGCCUCAUCCAUUCACAGCUGUAACAAGAGGAAGUAAAAUCGCUCGCCAUUACAUCAACUAAGUCUUCAUUAAGGUCUUGGUUGAGAGCUACUUAAAUUACACAUGAUAUGCAUUUGAUGAGGCAGCACUUGACUGUAAUUAAAACCUCAUUCUCCCUCUCCUUAAAUUGUCCUGGGAGAAAUAGUAAAAAUGAGCUGCGAUGCAUCGAGUGCGUUAUUUACUUUACUCACAGCCGCUCAGCCACACAUCAGUGCUGAUGUGCAGUCUUCAGAGCCUUCUGAUGACUCUGACCUUUUCGAAAGAGCUAACCUGAGGACCCCUGACGAGCUUUGCCACAGAAACAUUAUCACCCAUGGCAUUGCUCAAAGCACUGUAAGUUCAAAGUGUCCUCCAAGUGGCCUGCAAUUUGCACUUGGAGCAUCCACUUGACAUUAAAGCCCACACGGAAAAACUAACCCUGCAGUCCAUUAGUCUGCAGCUGGAGAAAAUGCUGCUGCUCAUAAGUACACUGCCACAAAUAACAAGGGUUUCAGUCACUGCCACAACACUCUCCAGGCUUUUAUGUUAAACCUCCCUUGGUCAAUGAGAUUGUCUUGUAUUAUUUAUGGCAAAGUGUUCCUGCACUAUAUAUUUUAGGUUAUAAAUCUAAGUGGUAUUUUUGUUUAUCAUAGACCUUCUACAAUCCCAUUGAAACUGUUUGUAGUAAAAUGUGAAGGACAAAGAUCCAUUAGCA